AGAGCAGUUCCGUGCUCAGGAACUUUAUGUAUAACGGAAGAUGGUGAUCAGAAAUGUGGAGUAACAAUUGAUUAGCACCUGCAGCGACGUCGACGAAAUGAAAGUGCUGCUCUGCCUGGCUGCCUGGCUGCUUGCCUGCCUGCCUGCCUGCCUGCCAUACCCGUGUACUAUAGCAGUAUAUAGAUCACUUCUAGUAGCACCUUUUGGCCAAGGGGCCCGGUAACUGGGUCAUGAAAAAACGAAAUCACGAACUCUGGUCUCCCCGCGCAGAUACCCAAUAAAACCAAUCCAACUGAAGUUCUUUGUGGUAUUCGAGAACUUCGCGCGACGCGAUACGGUAGCAUAUCGGAGCUCUCCAAAACCAGUGGAUAUGACGUGUAAAUAGGCACCGAGAACCACUUAAUAUUAGAGGCUAAGUGUGGAAAUUAAUAGUGAAAAUCCUGAAGUGUGCUACAGAUACAGCAGAUACCUCCCCCAAGCCAAACCAAAUUCAAGCAUGCGUGUCGCAGGCGCUGCUGGGCGGGUGCCGUGUCUGGCGUGUCUUGUCCUUCUGUUGGGCUGUGUGCAGGUGCGUGGAUACUCGCAAGUGCUGAUCAGUGGCGAUCAGGGACCACGGAUAUUCAAGGCUCUAAAUACGGAUCUGAUAUUCCCGAAAACCUUCAACUCCAGUGAGAAUGUAUACUCCACCACUGAGGCGCCAGUGCCGACUUCAAGCAGUACAACACUGAUGCCGCCCAUUCCCUAUAACCACCAACCGGAGACGCUUGCGGUGACAGCCAGUUCGCCCGUGUUUGUCACUCCCUUGGCAGCGACCGAAGAGCAGGAGCUGCAGCCCGUGGCGACCAAAGAGGAGGAGCUGCAGCACGUGGCGCCCAAAGAGGAGGAGCUGCAACCCUUUGCGAGCAAAGAGGAGGAAGAGGAGCUGCAGCACGUGCCGAGUAUCGAAGGUGCCUCGACAGGCCGUGCUGUGGAUUAUCGCACGGCCUAUCCGUUCGGGCAGCUGAUAACGCCACUGCUAAAGGGCCAGCAAUACGGCGGCCGACCAGCACAGACUCGCAUCUAUCCGCAGGGCAGUCCCUCGUACUACUCGUCCUCCUCUGCAUCACGGAACCCCGGUCGCUAUCCAGCCAAGAAGCCCUCCUAUAAGCAAAGCAUCAGGGAUCGCUUCACACCCGGUGAGAGCACUGCCGCUGGUCUCUUCAAGGGGCACAACCACAAUCACAACCACGAUCACAGCCACGAUCACUCCCAUGGCGCACAGGAUGGCAAGGUUGCCUCUGGUUCGAAUGCUGUACCUUCGUAUGUCCCACAAGGGGAUGCCUACUCCUUUCCGCCACUGAACACAAAAUAUCCGUCGCCCGGGCAGGACCCGAAGGCGGCCCUGCCAUCCGAUACCGUGACAAGCUAUUUGCCACCCGCAUCGGGUGGCCUGAGCAACGCUGGCUACGCCUAUCCGGGCCCACCAAUGCCCGCGUCCACGGGCUACAAGUACCCGGGGCCUGUGGCGGGUGGUGGUAAUGGGGACAAGGAUGCAGCUGCCAGCGCAGCAGCUCCGGCAGCAGACGAUGAUCCGGGAAAUGAUGAUGUGAUUGGCGUAUUGCCCGCCAGUGCCAUGGACGAUAUGCCCACAAAGGAUCAGCAGGAUGGCAAGGGUGCGGGGGAUGCCGCUGACGCAGGGCCUGCCAACGGUGGCGGCGAUAUGGGUCCGCCUGCAGAUGCUGCAGACGAUGGCGGGGGUAACGAUGAUACAGGACCUCUUCCUGCCCUUCAAAAUGACGGGUCGCAUGGAAACGACGAUCACAAGUAUGAUCCCAGCAUGGAGUACGCGACUCCACCACCGGGAUGGCUGGAAUCCCACCCCGAAUCGGCGGCACCAAAGCCGGAAGAUCAUGAUCAUGAUCACGAUCACGAUCACGGACACGAUCAUGAUCACAUACCCGACCAUCACGAUCAUUUUCACGGCCAUUAUCCAGGACACUUCGAUUAUCCAUCCGCCUCCUAUCCGGACGACACCUAUCCGGAAGUUAUCUACGAUGAUCAUCCGCAUCAUCAUCAUCACGUUCACCACCCACCGCCGCCGCCGCCUCCACCACCGCCACCACCACCUCCGCCAACAGAGCCCCCGCCACCACCACCGCCGCCAGAGCCACGUGUCAAAAAGUACAGUUACUUCUACAUUGGCCGCAAGCUCUGGUAUAUCCCGCUGUACUUUACGGUGUGGUUCAGCUUCUACAUUCUGUGGCUGAUCAUCAAGUCCAUUGGACGGCACAAGGUCAACUUGCCGAAUCACUACGUUUCGCGGCGCAGUGCGCCGGACUACUUCACCGAACAGGGGCGUGAUGAAUACAUCAAUAAUCUGACAGUUAAGGUGCUCGAACACAUAGAUAGCUUUAAGCACAAAUACUUGAACUGAUAAGGGGACUCUACAAAUUAUU